UCCUCUUUCCCGUUCUAGCUUCCGCCGUUCCCGUACCUUAGCGUCACCGCCGCCGCCUCGAUCCCGCCCCGUGCUCCCCGUCUCACACGCGUCGCCGCCGCUAUCGCCGUUCCCCGUCUUCCUCGCCCCCCGGAACAUCGCGCGUGUUUCUGCUGCUGUCUCAAUCCGUCGCAGUCUUUGGCCGUUGGUCCCUCCUUUGAGUUUGAGAUCAAUUCUUAGGCGGACAUGCAUUUUGCAAAUGUCGGGCUCUAAUCAGAUGGCUUCAGAUGGUAAAUUUGGAAAAGGUCCUCGAGAACUCACUUGGUGCGUUGAUUUAAUUAGCCGCUACGAAUACUUGAACCAUCACGGUUUCUUUUGUAAGAAACCGUUGCCGCUGGCUAUCUCAGAUACAAAUUAUCUUCACAAUGUUGUGGGUGAUACUGAAAUCCGUAAAGGAGAAGGAAUGGAGAUAGAUCAACUCAUUCGGAAUCCGGACAUGAGGGAGAAGAAGACUGCUUAUAUUCAACCCUUCGACAUGGAAACACUAGGACAUGCAUUUCAGUUGCGAGAAACAGCGCCGGUAGAUUUGCCCUCGGCUGAAAAAGGUACUCCAACUAUAUCGGGGAAAUCCAAGGUUAAGUCCAGAGACAAAGUCAAGAAGCAUAAAAAGCACAAGGAGAAAGACAAGGACAAGGAACAGAAGAAGCACAAACAUCGCCAUAAGGAUCGGAGUAAAGAUAAGGAAAAAGAUAAAGACAAAGACAAAGAAAAGAAGAAGGAUAAGAGUUUGCAUCAUGAUUUGGGAGCUGACCAUUCCAAAAAACAUCAUGAGAAGAAGAGGAAGCAUGAAGGAAUUGAAAAUUUGCCGGAUGUACGUAACAACAAAAAAACACAAAAGCGCAAAACUCGGUGAAUUGGGCAAUGGACUUCUUUUGGCAUCGGAUGUGACAACUUUAUUUCCGUGUUAGUUCUCGCAAUGUGACUCCAUGUUUUAUGCUGUUAAUGGGUGGCUCUGAAGGUCUUUUUUGUCACUAGCACUUCAAAUGGAGUUAAUACAGAUGGAAUUUCCUUUAUCAAGUUGCUGCAGUUAAAAGGGAUGCCACUAGUCAAGACUACCUUAUGCCAUGAAUCAAUUCUAGGGAAACUUGAGCUUGUCAUAUGGAAUUAUUCAACCCUUUUAUUUAUGUCAGUUUACACCCGUUAGCAAUUCUUUACCCUAUCCUGUAAUUCAAACAGAAAAAAGGCUUAAUGUCAAAGCCACAUGAUCUGACUAUGUACAACUGGGACACCUUAUCAGACACAUACAUGAUCCAGCAAAUUCAGUUGUGGUGAUGAAAGAAACCCAAGUAGCGGUGUCCUGUGUACCAAACAUCUUAUUUCGUAACAAUCAAUUUUUAUUGAUGAAUUAAGUAAGGCUG